AUGACUUCCACCACUCCUGUUGUCCGCCACGCCCGGCGCGAGGACGUCCCCGCCAUCCUCUCCCUCAUCCGCGAGCUAGCCGACUACGAGCACGCCCUGGACUGCGUCGAAGCCACCGAAGACACCCUAGCCGCAACCAUCGCCUUCGCCCCUUCAGACUCUUCAGUCCUGUCCCCGGGCCCCGACGGCCUCCCCAUAACCGAACCCGUCUCCCCCUCCAAGCCCGCGCGUUGCUUCGUCCUCGAGUCCCCUGCCACAAACGAAGUAGUAGGCAUGGCCCUCUACUUCUACAACUACUCUACCUGGCGGGCGCGCCCCGGUAUCUUCUUGGAGGAUCUGUAUGUCAAGCAGAGCGAGCGGAAGAAGGGGUAUGGCAAGCUCUUGCUGGUGGAGCUGGCGAAGGAGGUCGAGGCUAUGAAGGGCGGUAGGUUGGAGUGGAAUGUGCUGAAGUGGAAUGAGCCGAGCAUCAAGUUUUAUGAGAGCGAGGCGAUUGGUGCCAAGAUGAUGAGUGAGUGGGUUGGUAUGAGGGUUGAUGGGGAGGGGUUGCCUAAGUUGGCGAAGCUUUUGGAUUAA